AUGUCCAUGUUCAAAGGGAUGCUGAUAAAGUCUUCCGAGCGAAGCACCAAAGGGAAGAACCCCAAUGCGGGUAAGGGGAGCGCUGCACAAGAGGCACAAUUGAUGAGGGGAAGUAGCACUCUGAGUUCGAAGAGGGGGGAAGCGUAUCUGGACUUGGAGGACUUGGCGCCCAGCUACUGCAGCAGUGUGGCGGGUACUGAUAAAGGUGGUAACCAUCUCCAGGGAGAGGAAGCGGUUACAUUACCCCUGCACGGGGAUAAAGACGAAGACGGGAGCUUCGAAAGUCCAAACGGUUUUUACAAAAUUGCACAAAGUGGAAAUGCCCCCCGGUGUGGCAGCUACGAACGAGGCAGUAACAAUAACGGGUCAGCGAACGGGGUGAAACGCAGCAGUUGCAGCUACCCGAACUGGAGUAAUUCCCGAAAUGAAUACUCAAGUGAACCAUAUAAAGGGUAUCUGGAAUACACAGAAAGGGAUGUAAUAAAGCGAACCGACGGUGCCAUUUCCCCAGAGGGGGGAAUGCAUCACAUAGAAAACUACCCUCAGCAGAUAAUAAACCCGUUGAGUGAUCUGUUAACCCUCAUGAGCGAUUUUUUCAUGCCCAACACAAAGCAAUGGAAUAAACACAAGAUGAAAAAAAUUUUGGACGAACUGACCCAAAAUAAAAUUCACCAAGAUGUGCUAAUCGCUUUGUAUUAUUUUACAUAUGAAGCGUAUGCAAACAGAGUUCUCCUAAACUUGAAGGAAGAAUACAACUGUGAUUUGCUGAUUCACAAAAUUUUGGGGAAGGUACAUAAGAUAAGGAAAAAGAGAAAGAAAUGUAAAGAGCAAGAAAAAGUCCUCAUCAUAAAUGAAAAGCUAGACACAGCCGACGAAAUGCAAAAACAAAUAUUCACCUACAAUUUGGAGUUAACGAAUAUCGAAAAUUAUAUUACCGAUUUAUUUAGGAAAAAAAAACAAGUACAUUGUUGUAACAUUUUUUUGAAGACCUACGUAAAAAAUAUUCUACGCUUGAUUAUUCGUAACAUAUGCACAAAUAAAAAAGAAGAAAAACAAAAAAAAAAAAAAUUUUUUGACGAAAAAAAAAAUGAACUGUGCAUGUGGAAAAAAAAGAUCACACAAAAGGAGGAGGACAUAAAAGCUGAGGAGGAAAACAUAAAAGAGAGAGAACGAAAUGUAGAAGAAUCCAAAGAGGAGUUAAACAAAGCUAUGCAAGUUAUAUCCUCCACGUACGAAAAACAGUUACACGAAGUUGACGAAGAAAUUGACUCCCUUGAUCGAAACAUAAAAGAACUUGAAGAAAUGAUUACUAUUAAAAAAUCGCAAAAGGAAGAAGCCAUAAGGAGUAAGAGAAAAUUAGAGAAAGAGAGAGAAACGGAAAUGAAGACACUUGUGCAGAAGCAGUCUGAUUUAAAUACUUCCAUCAAUUUUAUAAAAAACACCACGUCCCUAAUGGAAGAGAAAAAGAAAUUAGUCGAGGAUGAAAAGGAAAAAACGAAAAAAGCCAUAACCCAUUUGAAGGAAGCCUACCAAACCUGCUGUCAGAGGAAAGCCCAAACGAACCGCUUACUUUCCAAUCUAAAAAAUGUUGUUCGAAAUUUGUCCAAUUCGGAUGAAGAAAGCGAAAACGUGUGUGAAGGUAAUUCAGGGAGGAAGUCCCUGGGAAAUUAUUCCGAAGUAGCGGAUGGAAAGGACAGUUCCCCUGCGUCUGAUGAAAAUGCACACACCAAUAAUGCUACAAACACGCAAGGGCAGGGGCAGCAGCAGGGGCAGCAACAGGAGAAGGAACACGAGAAGGAACAGGAACAGCCGAGGCAACACUUGGAUACCUCCAAAUUGCUGAAAAAAAUAUUCAUUUUAAAGAAGAAUAUUUUCCAAGUGGAAAAAAAUAUGAACAGCAUUAAAGGAAAAAAAAAAAAACUCACAAUCGACAUCAGCCAAUUUAAUUGCGAAAUGGACAACAUAAAUAUUAAGAAGGAAAAUCUGAAGAACAAAAAGAAAAUACUUCUGAAAAAUAAAAUGCUAAGUGAAAUUAAGAACACCAUUAACGAGUUGGAGAAAUUGGACGAAACGGAAGACGUCAUUUUGAAGCAACUCGAGGAGGCAAAGGCGGAGUUGAGUCUGUUAAGGAAGGACCACCUUCGCAUGAAGGAACAGAAAGAAGAAUUAAAGCGCAGAUUAUUUCGCCAAGAAAAGAAGUUGCUCAAGUGGGAAAUACGCCACGUGCGGGGAGGCCUAAAUCAUGACGAGGGGGCAGACAAUGUGGUAACAUCUCCCCCAGCUGAGGAAGUGGUAAGCGUGCCCGUAGACAUGGCUAACGGCGAGGCGGGCGACGUGGUAACCUCCCUGGAGGAAGAACUCAACCAGGAGGAAGCGUUUCCAUUUUCUGAGGAAUCGGAGCAGUCAGAGGGGGGCGAAUCAAUUGUCUCCUUUAGUGAGAUGCUGAACCAGUUGGAUAGGAUAAGUACACACGGCGAAGAUGAGGACGAUCAAAAUAUCUCGAGCGACCAAGGGGGGAGUACCCAAGAGGAAGAAGACACCUCGCAGAGUGAGGGGGAAGAGGUGGACCGAGGAGGAGAUGCCGGAACCAGCCAAGCUGAGUGUCCCCUUCCAAGUGAUGAAGAGAAAAGUGGCCCAUCGGAGGACAACUCUGACAGUGGUGGCUAUGGCGACCACGCACAAGUCGUUGCAGAUGUUAUGCCCAAUGGGCGGGAAGCAAACACAAGCGAUUCCUGCCCACCAAUGAAUUCACAGAGCAGAGACCCACUGAAACGAUUGGAAAAGUUAAAACAGGAGGAGAGUUGCACCUUCGAAAGGAUGCUAGAGAAGUACAAAACCAUAUGCAGUGUAAGUGAAAGUGUAGACCACCUGAUGUUGGAAAAAGAGGUUCGACAUAUUUACAAGGACAUAAUAAGGGAGCAAACCAUUUUUAAAAACAAAAAAUUGCUCACCUUAAGGAACAGAAAAAGAGUCCUCAAGAGGUACUACCACUAUGUGUCGGACAACAGUGAGGAGGAGGAUCUGAAUGGAUAA